AGGAAUGUGCGUUAAGAGGGGCAUCGCCGGGGCUGAGGGCGCUGCCUGUUUGUGUCUGCGCGCUGGGAUAUCUUAUUAUUAUUAUUCUCCUUUUACAUCACUCACCCGCCCCUCCGAGCGCAGUCUGUUCUGGGCUUUUGCUGUCGAGUCUCGUAUCGGGUAUCCGCGGCGCUACUGACGGCUGUCCUCUCUCACACGCGGGGCGGAACGGGACGAGGAACGAUGACUUAACUAAGGAGAAUUCAUUUUUUUCUUUAACCGGGCGAGUGAAGAGACAAGUCGUUUUUCCCUGUCUGUUUUGGGCUACCCAAAAAGGAUUAUUAAGAGGGACUUUUGCUUGGAUUAUUAUUAUUAUCACUUUGUUAAAAGGGAACGUAAGUAUUAUUUUUUUGUUGUUGGUUGUAUUUGCAAUGGCAUAAAUGCUUCCCGAAAUACCACCGACCGGUGCACCAGCACGAACCCCACGUCGCCUUGCUCCAAAUGAACGGUCCUGCCGGUGGAUUUAAAGCGCACCAGAAACGCAACCGGACCCCGGAGCGCGGCGACGACAACUGCGGCGGCAACUUCGCUGACCUCGGGCAGGUCGGGAUUAAAAACUCUCCGGUCUUCUUGCUGCCGCCCUCGGAUCCUAUACGCCAGGCGAAGCGGCUGCCCCUCCGGGUUCUCAAGAUGCUGACCGCCCACGCGAGCCACAUGCUUCACCCGGAGUAUCUACAGCCCCUGACCUCGGCGCCCAUCAGCAUAGAGCUGGACGCCAAAAAGAGCCCCCUGGCCCUGCUGGCUCAGACCUGCUCCCAGAUCGGGAAGCCGGACCCCCCUCCCGCGACCAAGCUGGGGCCCCUGAGCGCCAGCGGCCUGGGGGACAAGGAGGCCCCGGGACGGCCCUCGGGAUCCGCCCUGAAACUGGGAGAGCCCCGCCCCCCGCCGGAGGACAAGUGCAGCUUCAAGCCUUACUCCAAAGUGGGCGGGGAGUGUCGGAAGGAAGGGGGCGGGGUCACGGACAAAGCCGGGUUUCGGUUGGCCGGCGGAGGAGGAGGAGGCGGGGGGGGCCUGUGCGGGUCGUUCCCCUCACACGCCGUCUCUCCCAACCCCACGAAAACGACGCACUCGCCCCCCCUUCACCCGCAUUCCCCCCCCCUCGCCCCGCCGCCCCCCCUGCACACGGACCCCAAGCCCGCGCCCCCCCGCUCGGACAGCCCGCCCUCGGACUGCGGCGGGGGCGGGGCCUCCAGGAAAGAGGCGGAGCCCUGCAAGCCCAGCCCGGACGCUAACGCUAACGCCGCUAACUCCGCUAACGCCCGGGCCAGCGCUAACUCCAGCACCGGCAGCUCUGCCUCCAGCCCACACCCCGAAAGCCAGCCCCUCCAGCCCGGACACGUGGCCCCCGUCUCCCCCUACAAGCCGGCCCACCCGCUCUUCCCCCUGUCCUCCCCCUCCCCCUCCGGGAUGGGCUACCACGGCUCCAUCGUAGGGGCCUACGCCGGCUACCCCUCCCCGUUCGUCCCCGGUCUGGACCACACCAAGUCCGGCCUGGUCGCGGGGGGCGUGGGCGUAAAACACCCCAGCUCCUCCCCGCCCUCCUUCAUCCAGGGACUGUGUCGGGACCCCUACUGCCUCGCCUACCCCAACGCGGCCCACCUGGGUGGCAGCAGCUGCAGCUCCUGCGUCCACGACCCCCCCUCCUCCGCCCUGAAGUCGGGCUUCCCCCUGGCGUACCCCUCCCACCACCUGCACUCGCUGCACCCGGGCUCCCUGUCGUCGGGGGCGACCGCCGGCCUGUCCCACCCCCUCUACAGCUUCCUGCUCCCCCCGGGCGAGCCCCUCCCCCACGGCUGCAACUGGGUGUCGGCCGGCGGGCCCUGCGACAAGCGCUUUGCCUCUUCCGAGGAGCUGCUGGCUCACCUCCGCACGCACACCGCGCUGCCGGGCGCCGACGGGGCCAAGCUGCUCUCCGCCUACGCCUCCCCGGUCGCCUCCUGCCACCUGCACCUCCCCUCCCAGGCCGGCCCCGCUCCCCUGGCCUCCUCCUUCUCCCUGAGGGCCCCGCCCAGCCUGGGCCUGGCGCGCUACCACCCCUACAGCAAGGUGCACCUGCCCGCCGGGCACUCCCUGCCCCUGCACUCCCUGCCCCCGGCCUCCAGCCCCUACUACUCCCCCUACGCGCUCUACAGCCAGCGACUGGGCUCCGCGGCCGCCCUGGGGUACCCCUGA